CCCCCCCCCCCCUGCAUUCUGUGUGUCACCCAACCCUCUCGAGCGGGAUCAGUGUUGCUCUCUUCGCCUGAAGCCCCCUCGCAGACAUGACCACCACCUCCUCCUCCUCCGGUGGAAACCGGAUUAUCACCAUGAUCGCCAACGAAGCCCAGUCCGACAAGACCUUCGAGCUGUGCUACACCCCGACCAAGGCCAUCGGCCAGGGCUCGUUCGGCGUGGUCUACCAGGCCCGCCUGGUGGAGGGUGGCCACCUGGUGGCCAUCAAGAAGGUCCUUCAGGACCGCCGUUUCAAGAACCGCGAGCUUGACAUCAUGCGCAUGGUCAGCCACCCGAACAUUGUCAAGCUCUUGUGCUUCUUCUACACCAAGGGCGAGAAGCUCGACGAGAUCUUCCUCAACCUGGUGCUUGAGUACAUCCCCGAGACUGUCUACCGCGCUAUCCGCCACUACGCGCGGUUCAAGCAGAUUGUCCCCAUGAUCUAUGUUAAGCUCUAUAUGUACCAGCUCCUUCGCUCGCUGGCCUACAUCCACCAGAUGGGCAUUUGCCAUCGCGACAUCAAGCCGCAGAACCUCCUGCUCGACCCGCACACCGGCAUCCUGAAGCUCUGCGACUUCGGCAGCGCCAAGGCCCUGGUCCAGAGCGAGCCCAAUGUGGCGUACAUCUGCUCGCGGUACUACCGCGCGCCGGAGCUCAUCCUCGGUGCCACCCACUACACCGUGGCCAUUGACAUCUGGUCGGCCGGUUGUGUCAUGGCCGAGCUCAUGCGCGGGGAGGCCCUCUUCCCCGGCGAGUCCGGCAUCGACCAGCUGGUCAAGGUCAUGCGCGUGCUGGGCACCCCCACGCGCGAGCAGCUCCACGCCAUGAACCCCUCCGGCUCGCUGCCGGCCCGGCUGACCCCGGUCCGGGUGGUGCCCCUGCAGCGCCUGUUCCACACGGCCUCGCACCUGACCGGCACCAGCCCCGGCGAGGCGUCGGCCACCCCCUCGGCCAUGGUCAAUGUCGAGCUGGCGGUCGACCUGCUGGAGAAGCUCCUCGAGUAUGUUCCCUCUCGCCGUCUGUCUGCCAUGCAGGCCAUGAGCCAUCCCUUCUUUGCGGAGCUCCGCGAGUUUGGCACCCGCCUUCCGAACGACGUCAUUUCAUCCUCCUCAGCGGCCGCCGGCGGCCAGGGUUCCCCGGAUGCCGGCACCGGGGGCUCCCCCUCUCGGACUACUCGCGCCCUGCCGGAGCUCUUUGACUUUACUCCCACGGAGCUUCAGUUCGCCGGCCCGGCCCUGGCCAUGCGCCUUAUCCCGGCCCACGCCGUGCCUCAGACCAUCAAGCGCCUCACCGAUGCCGGCCUCUCUCAAAAUGAGAUCCGUGCCAUCUUCCCCACCAACAUGCCCGUCGGGACGGCCGACCAAUAAGGCACGCCUCGGCGUGUUGUGUGGCAUCAUGCAAGGUGACCUCUCCUCUCCCUGGCCUUCCCCCCAGCGCUCUUUCUCUUUCGCCCUCCCUCCCCCUCCCCCCCUCUCCCUCCCUCUCUCUCUCUCUCU